AUGACAAUAAACACUGCUCAGACAGAGAAACUACAAAUAAGACACAAAGAAGUAGAAAAUAUAGAAGAAUUCACAUACCUGGGCAGUAUCAUCAGCACUACAGGUGGAACCGACGAAGACAUAAAAGCUCGGAAAAGGAAAGCUCAACAAGCCUUUGCUAUGCUAAAACCAGUUUGGAGAAACACCACCUUGAGAACUAGUACCAAACUAAGGCUUUUCAACUCUAAUGUCAAAUCUGUCCUUCUCUAUGGGUCCGAAACUUGGAGAGAAACAUCAGCAUCCAUCAAGACACUCCAAGUCUUCUUAAACCGCUGCCUAAGAAUCAUCCUUGGUGUGAGAUGGCCAGAUACGAUUAACAACAAAGAACUGUGGAAAAGAACCAAACAAGAACCAAUUGAGAUAACAAUUAGAACAAGAAGAUGGAAGUGGAUUGGACACACAUUAAGAAAACCUAACACCAGCAUAACUAAACAAGCUCUAGAAUGGAAUCCACAAGGCAAACGUAAGAGGGGUAGACCGAAAAACACUUGGCGUAGAGGGAUCAAUGCAGAGUUACAGGCCAUCAAUAAAACAUGGGGAGAAACCAAAAAAUAG